AUGGCCGCCAACAUGCAGCAAAUGGCUGGGGCAGGCCAGAUGAUACCCCAGCAGCUGCGACGGCCGACUACUAAUCCUCACCAGAUCCAGCAACUGGUGUAUCAAAAGCUCCUUCAACACUCACAACCGCCAAAUGGGCUAACCUGGCAGGGCAACGUUAGCCUGAACGACCGCAUGGGGAAGACUAUGGACCUCAUCUCAAAUAUCGCGCUGGGGGUCGCUAAUAUGGACCACGUGCAAGCCGCGGAAGCAGGCUGCGAAUUUGAGCGUAAAACGUUUAUGGAUUCAUCUAGCAAGGAGGUAUAUGAUCAGGGUAUGGCGAAUAAGACACUAGAGUUCUUCAAAAAGCGACAGGCAAACGAGCCCAACAUCCAAAACAAUCUAAAUGCCAAUGCACAAGCUCAGGCACAGGCCAUGAUGAAUAUGCAAGCGGCCCAGAUGGGCCGUGGUAUGGGCCAGGUGCCACAGGGUUUUCAACAUCUCCAGCAUCAGGUGCCACCUGGGCAGUUGCCUCAGCAGGCGCAACAACACUCUCAGCUUCAGCAACAGCAGAUAGGUAUGGGCAGGGCUAUGGGACCGACCCAACAAGCCAUGGCGAUGCAGAAUCGGCAGCCACAGCAGUUUCCCAACGAUAUGUCACGACUCGCCCAGUCGGAUAGGGCCAAGGUUAUGGACCUUGCGGUUAAGAUGAUGGCCCAGACUUCUGACCAGCAAAAGGCGUCCACGCGAAUGAGCUUACAGCAGAGACUGUCUCCUCAACAACUAGCAGAAUUCCAGGCCCAAAGAAAGGACCCUUUGGUUUUGUUCUUCCAGAAUCAGGCAUUCCAGGUUUUGAAGAAUAACAUGAAUCGGUUACAGGCGCAGCAACAGGCUGGAGCACAGAACCAGAAUGGCGCACAGGCAGCAACCGCAGUCAUGAUGCAGCAACAACACAGCCAGCAAUCCUUCCAGCAACGGCAGAAUAUGAUGAACGCCGGACAGCCUAACGAUUUUCCCCAAUUCACACCCAACAUGGAGAGCAUCAAGGACCAGCAGAUGACUGGACUCAUGGCCCAGCAGGCUGGCCAGAUGGUUGUACCAGCUAGCUCAGGAGGCGCCCAACAUGCCACUCCCCAGCCUGGCAACCAAAAUAUGCCGGGUGCUCAAGGACAGAAUCAAACACCUCGUCAGGGCCAGCAGCAGCAACCACCGCAGGGCAGUGUCAACCUUCAACAAAUGAAGAUGAACCAGGCCGCCCAACAGUCUCAAAAUCAGCUACAGAUGAAUAUGCAGCAACAGCAGAACCCCCAAAACGGUAUGACUGGUGGCAUGCCUCCUUCACAGAGUCCCGCAAUGAACACUUUGAACACGCCAGUAUCUCGUCCGCCAGGCGGGAUGAACCCCAUGGGUGGUCAAGGUAUGGGCCAAGGUAAUGUUGCAUUCGGUGACCAGCGUUUCAAUCAAGGUACACAGCGACCCAACAACCAAGCUUUUAACAACAUGCUGGCCAACAUGUCUCCAGAACAACGGCAGGCAAUCCAAGGCUUUCCUCCUGACAAGCUAAACGAGGUCCUUAGACAGUGGCAGAGCCAGCGACAGGAGCAGAUGACUAUGAAUGCUGGCCCAAUGAGCCAGCAGCAUCGACCACAAAACCAGUUUGCAGGGCAAAUGAACUUGAACAUGGGUACUGUGCAAGGAGCUCAGAACCUGCAGCAGCCUAAUGGAGGCGUGCCUAUCAACCAACCACAACAGCCGCAGCAACAGAUGCAGAUGCCGCGGAUUCCAAUCCAAAAUAAUCAGGCCCAAGCAAUGAUGGACGCUAUGGACCUUCCACCACAUGUUCAGAACAUCGUCGGACAGCUGCCCAUUGAGGUAAAGAAGUGGCGAGACUUGAAGAUCUGGCUCAGUCAGAACAGCACCUUGCCCCCAACAACUCGUAACCAGCUUGGUGCGCUUCAACAGAGACAGUUCCAGAUUCUCAUGCAACGACGAGCAUCGAUGCAACAGCAAGCUGGCCAAACUCCUAACGUCAAUGCCACAACGAUGCCAACCGCCGGAGGGCAGAUGCCCAAUCACCAACAAAUGGGCAUGCAGCGGGUAGUUGGAAAUGUGAACUUGCCCAACCAUGUUCUCCAGGUAACGCCACAGGAGCUCAUGCAAGUACGAAAUCAACGAUCCAACUUCAGCCAUUUGCCAGACGACCAGCUACGAGCAAUGGUUUUGCAUUUGAAAAGGCAGGCUUUCCUCCAGCAGCAGCAGCAGCAGCAACAGCAACAACAACAACAAGCUGAACAGAUGAGUCAUCGGCAGCCGCAGGGCCAGACCCCUAACCAGACGCCGAACCAAGCACAGCAGCAAGCUGGUGGUGCACAAAACCGACUAGGUGUUGCUCCGGUGCCAGUGCAGCAAACACCACAGCCGCCAAACCGAACCCCUCAAUCGCAGACUCAACCCAGUCCUGUGACCAUGGCCCAAACCGCCUCGAUGCAGCCCUCCGGGCAGAGACAGCAAGGCCAAGUGGCGAAUGCCCAAGCACGGAUUAACAGCCAAACUCAACCCACCCCCAAGAGCCUCAAGCGACCUAGUACCGAUGACGCCGCGGACACAGCAACGACGUCCAACACAAGCACUCCUGCACCCACUCGGCCUAUCUCACAGCCUAAUCAGUCGAUGCCGAAGCAGGUGCCUACGCUCAGUCCGCAGAAAAUUGCAACACUCAGUCCUGAACAACGCGCCAAAUAUGAGCAAUUCAUAAAGCUUCAGUUGACCAGUCAGACCCAGGGUGGAAAUGUGGGUUCGCAACCUACUGCCGACGCCCUUGCCCGACUUCGGGCCAUCAGCCAAGAGGAGCAGCGCCAAUUCAGUCAAGAAUCUAUGCCUGAAAUGUCAAUGAAUCCGCAGGAACUCGUCGAAACGGGGGUCAAACUCCAGCGUAUUGCCCAAGAUAUGAACAAGGUUAGCCGGGGGCUCACCAAAUGGUACUCGAUCACCAGGGAUGAUGCCCGAGCCAAGAUGUUUUUCCGAACUCGACUUCGUAUCAUGAAGCAAUUCUCUGACGGCGAGGCAAUGAAAGUUUUGAAAGACAAGUUUAGCAUCAAUUCCGCAGAAAUUGAUCAAGCUCGGGCUAUGUUGGAGAGCAUGGCAAAGGACCUAGCAGCCAGCAUGUACGGUAGAGGAAUGAUGAAGCCGGGCCAACAAGCACCACAAGGCCAAGGAGCUGGUCAGAAUCAAAUCGCGCAGUCGCAGCAACCGCAGCCACAGCAGCAGGCCCAGCAACAAAACCAGCAGUCUCAACCUGCACCCCUGAACGCGGCCAAUCUAGAAAAGAAUUCGCAGGCACUCAAGAACCAGCAAAAGUCUGCCAGCAAAGGUGGGGCCUCAGUGCCUCCCGCGCCGACAGCUACGCAGCCUCCUUUCUCCUUUGGGGCCUCAUCACCUCAUGGAAACCCUAGCUAUCUUGGCAAGCCCAAAGAUGUUAUGAAUCUUCAGUUGCCAGCUUCUCGCAAGAAGCAGAAAGUUUCCGGCCAGCAGCCAGGACAGACGCCGCAAGGCGCGACUCCUUCACCAAAGACAGCUAAGAAUGCUUCGCCAGAAAUGCGACGCCAGGAGCCUCCCAAGCCAGUGUUCCUCUGCAAAGAGCCAGAAUGCGAAACGGGCUCGUUCGGCUUCCCAAGCGAACAAGCGCUGCAGCAACAUGUUGAAGAGGAGCAUACCAAACCCAGGGAAGACCCCGUUAAGUUCGUCAAGGAAAAUCUGGCGCUUGCUCUUGGCCUGGAACCUGAUGGCAGCCUCAAGAAGAAUAAAAAACCAGCUGAUGGUGCAACUGCGAUGAGCCUAUCAACAUCGAAGCAGGGUCAGACACCCAAGAAUGUUGCAGGAACACCAAUAUCACAGGAUAAUGCUAUGAAGAGGACUGGAAGUGCAUUGAGCAAGAGUGCGGAUGGCAAGUCGAAAUCGGAUGCCCCAGGAUCCAAGCAAGCCACGCCGAGUGCCUGGGCCGGUUGCACCAUUGAUCCUCAGGCCUUGCUGAGCAACCUUGGUUUUGAAAACGGACUGCCCACCAUAAUCAGCGACGCCAACUUGUACCGCUCUUUGACCCCAAAGGACACGCCCGAGUCCAGCAAGGAUAGCGGCUCGAGCGAGCCAAACAGCGACAUUUCGGAAGGGGCGGCGCUUGAGAUUGAUAUGACGUGGCAAACAUUUGACACCGACCUACUCCUGGACCUUAACAAUGCGUCUUUGGAAGGGGAUUUGAGCGGCCUUGACCCGACGUUACUGUUGGAUCCUCCAUCAAGGGCCCCACCAGACUGGGAGGACAUUGAUAUCGACUUUUCGAAACCAUUCCAGCUUGAUAUGAGUAUGUACUCAAUGAGCACCUGA